UUCCCUGCCUCCACACUGCACCAUCCAAGUAUACUGUAUGUUCAAGAAUAUGUUUACUGUGGUGGGUGCAGUAGAAGAUAAAUAUAUUUUUAGAUUGCAAGCAUUAUGAUGUUCCAGUGCAGGAAGGGAGGUGUACCUAAACCCAGAAGAAUGUAAGAUGCUUCUGCUCCCACAGAGAAGAAGGCAUCAUCAUGGCGGUGACCAACCAACCAGGCAGAUAUCCUCCUUCUGACUUCCAGACCAACCUCUGCGACUUCUGCGACGACUGUGGAACUUGCUGCUACGGCCUGUGGUGCUUCCCGUGUUUGGGCUGUACCAUCGCCAACAACAUGGACGAGUGCUGCCUGUGCGGCCACAGCAUGGCCAUCCGCAGCGUCUACCGCACCCGAUACAACAUCAACGGCUCCCUGUGUGGGGACUUCAUGGCGACCACAUGCUGCCUGGUCUGUGCCACCUGCCAGCUGAAGAGGGAUAUUGACCGGCGGAAGGAACAGGGCAUCUUCUGAAAAAAGGGGGAUCAAAGUGCCCCCCCUCACUGUUGCGGCUUUUUGACCUUUCCAGUUAAACAUUAGUCAGUGGUGAUGCUGGAUUUACAGUCAUGGACCACAGCCUUAGUGAGAUAUGAAGUAUGGAAACACAUGACACAUUUUUCUCAACUAUAAUCACCUGUGAUAAGGACACACCCACUGUGUCAUAUCAUUGACUGUCUUUCAAUAAAAUACAU